UCCCAGUAAUGGGCGUGAUAUACUCAAUGUGGGUUAGUGUGUCCAUCCUGCACUCGAACGCACGGUACAGUUCAGUCUACGUACAGACACUUGUAUAGCCUGCAGAGAUGGAUCUUGAACAAAUGGGUCCCCAAACCUUCCUGUACGGUUGUGAGCUCAAGGCAGGCAAGGAGGUCAAAUUUAAUCCAGAGGAUGAUGAUUUCGAUCAUCAGUUAUCAGUCAGAAUGGCCUGCGUUGAUCCCUCAACAAAAGACGAACUGAACGUUGUGGAGAUUGAAGGUCAGGAUUCAGAGGGUCAGAAGGUCAAAGCAGUUCUGGCCACACUCAAGCCUUCCACUCUCCCCAGCGUGUGUUUGGGUGGGUUUGAAAUCACUCCACCUGUUGUAUUCCGUCUACGCUCUGGUUCCGGUCCAGUUCACAUUAGUGGACAGCAUCUUGUCAUUAUGGGAGGAGACCAGUCCUUUGAAGAAGAGGAGGAGGAAGAAGAAGAGGAGACAUUGACAGCAGCUAAGAAGAGGCCAGCGUCAGUGACUCAGAAGCCUUCAAAAAAAAUGAAGAUGGAUGAAGAGGAGGAUGAUGAUGACGAUGAAGAUGAGGAUGAUGAGGAUGAAGAUGAUGAUGAUGAUAUUGACGACGAUGACGAUGAUGAUGAGGAGGAGGAGGAAAGUGAAGAAGAGUCUCCUGUAAAGGCAAAGAAGACACCAUCCAAACCACAGACCCCUGCACAGAACGGAAAAGGGCCCAAGCCAAAUACGCCUGCUAAACAACAAAACAAGACUCCUGAAAAGAACAAAAAGGACAACAAGAAAGCACAGUCACCCAAAACGCCACAGGUUUUAACUGUCCCAGACAUCAAAACCAAGAUGAUGGCGAGUGUAGAAAAGGGUGUAUCAUUGCCAAAAGUACAGCAAAAGUUUGAGAACUUUGUGAAGAACUGCUUCAAAGUCACCGACGCAAAGGUAAUCGAUGAGCUGUGGAAGUGGAGACAGAGUGUCAAAUAGAAGAACUAACACAUUUUAUUUUGCUUAAAUUAUUAGGCGCCCCCAUUGUUUUUCUUUUUUUUUUUUUUUUUGUUUUUUUUUUACUGUGAUUUUUACUUUUUGUUACCUGCGAUUAUAUGUUUGUCCCCCAUACUCUUGAGUUUUUAUGUCAAAUCCGUGCCAUUCCCUGAAAAGACUUUACUCAGAACAUGACCUUUUUCAUCCUUUGCAAUCUGGCCUCUCUUCACCCCUGUGGUGUUGUCAUGUGCAGGGAGUGUGGCCUUAAUUUGGCAGCCUUGUUGCUCAAAAGAAAUCUGAGCAGAAGAUUUGCUGACUACCCGUCCGUGGUUUCUUUAAAAUGACAUGGAAAUGUGUGCAUAGCAUUCUGAUUAGAGAUGCGUCUGAGAAGUUGAUUUACGGAAAUCUUGAACAGCUUGACCUAUAUUGCAAUGCAUGAUUUAUGGGUUUCAGAAUGGUGUAAGUGAUGAAUUCCAGUAUUUCAUCAGUUCAUGUUAUUUUUGUAAUUGGUGAUAUCUUGUAACCUGCUGGAAGGUGGGAUAUACUGUAUGUUUGGGAUUGAUUAAUCAACCGUAAGAAACCCAAAUGUCAACAAUGUAUACUGUAGUUAAUGUCACAGACUGUGCAGCUAAAUCUCAGAAUUCUUAAUCUCUGGACUGCAAUUCAGAUGUGGUUCACUUUUUUGACUUUCUUGAAUCUGUUUGAAUGCAAAUAAAGUUUAUAUUUCAAUUUAAACCCAUUAAA